CAAAGACCAAUAAGAAAUAAGUUUGGAAUUUACUUCUCGUGUGGCUCUGCUACUUUGGGACCUCCCUCACUGACUUCUCUAAUGCCCUCCCUCACCCCAUGGCUUUAGCCUUUUCCAAAAGAUACCAAAUAUAGUUUGUGGGGAAAAGUAAAAGAGGAUCACUAUUUUACCUCUCCUCUGACCUCCUGAAUAUUUCUAAGGAAUAGCCCAAUGGCAACUGAAAAUUAACAGACUACAUCUGAAUUCAACCUCUUUCCUCAAAAACUCCCUCUAAAGCUUAACUUCUCUCUUGAUUCUAAAUAUCUGCCUCAGGUCUUAAAGGUGAAAAGGAAAGGAGUAACAGAUACAGUCAUUAAGUCACAGGGCUGAUUUAAGAUUAAAAAAACAAGAUAAUGACGGUAACACAUAAAUUUAAACCACUUCAUAAUAUUAGGAAUUAUUAGUAGAAAACAUCACACAACUAGUGUGACAGUGAGUUGUGUCUUCAUUACCUAGAAUAUGUUUGUUAAAGUAGUAUCAGUGAGGUGUGAAGCUUUUCCCUGUACAGCUCAGUCUCCUGGAACUACUUCCAAAGCAGGGCCAAACACAAAGGUGUAAAGUAGGUGAGUUAACACCUUGUUGGUGUCAAUUCAGAGGGGUGGAGCUUCAGGGGUAUAAGAUGGGUAUUUAAAGGGAAUGCAGGAUUGGGAGCUCAGAUCUGGAGCUAUACAGCCUCUGAAGGAAACCUCUUCUAUCAGAGGGAAUCAAGUUCUAGGAACAUGGAUAUCAAGGACAACGUUGAAAACCUCACGACAGAACUCACCUGUUCUGUUUGCUUGGACUACUUCACCAAACCGGUGACUAUUGACUGUGGACACAGUUUCUGCAAAGAGUGUCCUCCAACCUGGGAGGAAGCUCCUUUUGCAGAGCACUGCAAGAUGAAACUCCGGCAAGCCUGUGACACUUUGUGGAGAAAGGCAUGUGAGGCUCAAAUUUUGUUGGACCAGGAGAGAAGGAGAGUGGAUCAGUGUAAGAAGGAAACACUGGUACUGAAGCAGGUCAUCAUACCAGAAUACCUCAAGAUGAGCACUUCCUUGACAAAGAAAAUCCCGAUCAAUAUGAGAGAAUUCCUGGGGACUGAGGCCAGGUUUUCCCAAUAUAUCCAAAACCUAAAGAAGAUGAUUGAUGAGCUAGAGAAGAACUCUGAGAAGCCACUUAUGGAGAUGCUCCUGGAUGUGAGAAGCGCAUUGGAAAGGAGUGAGGUGCUGUUGCUUCAGUGUCCAGAGCCUGCUACUCUGGACUGGACUAAUAGUGGAAUGAGGGAAAUACUAUUGACCUUCCAAAGGAACAUUACUCUGAAUCCUGAGACAGUGAAUUCCAAUCUCAUCUUCUCUGAAGAUCUGAAGAGUGUGAAACUUGCAAGUGUCCAAGUUGGGCAAGUGUUUUCUGUGUUGGGUGCCCAGAGAUUCGUUUCAGGGUGUCACUAUUGGGAAGUGGAGGUGGGGGGGGAGAGUGAGUGGGAAGUGGGGAUCUAUAGGGAAUCAGCAAACAAGAAGGGGAAAUUCCUUGGGGAUGUACUCUCCCUCAUGUCCCUCAAAGUAGGAGAGGAGUUCAUUCUCUGGAUUUCCCACACCUUGGAAAGCAUUCAUUCAAGAGUACCUGUGCACAAGCUAGGCAUUUUCUUCCAUUAUGAUUGUGGACAUAUAUCCUUUUACAACGUGGCAGAUAGCUCCCUUAUUUACAGAUUCCCCCCUAUUAUCUUCCAGGGUCCUGUCUGCCCUUUCUUUUCUCUGGGCCUUUCAGGUGAAGAGAAUAACCCCAAUUCUCUUACUAUUUGUCCACUGAAUACUCAGUGCUGA